AUGCGAACCACGUCCAUCUUCGUCUUCCUCGGCGCGCUUGUAGCUAUGUCGGCUGGCCUUGAGAUUAACAGCGAUUACGAAGGAAAUAUCCCUCUACCGGAGUUGAUCCGGGAGCUCGAGCUCGAAUGGGGUUCGAAUGACAUGGCCAACCCAUACCCUUGA